GCAUUUUUCCACACUAUCAAACAUGUCCACUUUCAGCACCGCAAUGAACGCUACUUCUCAUUAUCAAAACCCUAACCCUAACCCUAAUCAAGCCGCAUACAGUAGUACUACUACUGACCAGCUGAACGAAUUGCUCGAUUUUGAAUUAUCGGAUUAUGUCGCGUUUGAUGGUGAGUUCGAGGAAGAAAUUUCCACGAGGGAUACGGCAAAAAGAUCUGAGAAUGUGGAGAACAACUUCAAUGGAUCUUCGAGUUCGUCUACUCCGUUAGCUAGUAACAUAAGAAAAGAGAAGAAUUUGGGGACAAAAGAUGAAUUUAGGUUUGCAUUCAGAACAAAAUCAAAGCUGGAAAUUAUGGAUGAUGGAUUUAAAUGGAGAAAAUAUGGGAAAAAGAUGGUCAAGAACAGCCCGAAUCCAAGGAAUUACUUCAAAUGUACAAGUGAAGGGUGCAGUGUGAAGAAAAGGGUAGAAAGGGAUAGGGAUGACCCAAAUUAUGUGAUAACAACCUAUGAAGGAAUGCAUAAUCACCAGAGCCCUGAUUCUAUUAUCCAUAACCAGAUGCCAUGGACUUUACAGCCAUCUUCUUCUCUACAGUAAUUUCUAUCUUCUACUCCACAAGUUAUCAUGUAUAAAUAUUUCUACUGUGUAGUGUGUCGACCAGGCCUAUAUUUGUUCUCGUAUUAUUGUACCAUACUAUAUUUCUAUGUAUUAUGUAGUAUGUUGACCAUGAGUACGUUUGUUCUCAUACUGUUGUACCUUACCAUAUUUCGAGUAUGUGAACAAUACUUUGUUGACAUUGUACAUAUAUGGGAAGAAUUGUGUGUUUAUUAUUAA